AUGGCGGACGGUAUGCCGGAGCUUUUAAUUUUCCAGUUCCUGAAACUGGAAAGACGCGAGCGCUUGCGUCAAAUCGACCAGCUUCUGCCGGAGACGCUGGCGGCCCUCCUGCACGAUCUGAGCAGGGUCCAGGUGGAGCGAUUCGCCAUUCAGCACAUGCGGGCCGCGGCCUCAGUUUGUUUUGGGUUGUCGCCGCAGCUCACAGCCAUGCUUGUGAGGAAUUGGGAGGCUUGCAAGGCAUUGUGCACAGAUGCCGUAUGGCCGACAAUGCUCCUUCUGGAUGCCGUCAGGGCUGCCCGAAAAAACGAAGCAGUCCCAAGUGCCCUGCGAGUGAGUGCCCUGUGCGAGUGUUGUGCAAGUGACUACUUUCUGCCCGGGCACAAGCUGUUUUUUGCAAGACCCCUCCUGCCUCCGCGAUUCGCCAUGAUUUUGGGUCAGCGGUUCUGGCGUGGACUGGAAGAGGCCCAGGACGUGGGAGUGAGGGCAUGCCACUCGUGGCAAAUGGACAGCACGAGCCAAACAGCAUGGCACCAUCGCUACCAUCAGUGGUAUGACAACCCCACCUUGGAAAGCGACCGAGCUAACUACUGCUUUCCUGUCGGCAACUGGUACCUCACGCUGACCCUGCACCUAACUUGUGGACCAUGGGCGCGCAUGCAAGGGGACGUGAGCGUCAGCGGCGAUGCUUUCGAAGGGCUGCUGGCGUUCUUGUCGCUGUCCGAGACCGAGACCCGCUCGUCGGAGGUGGGCGAGGAGAGGUCUUCCACCUUCAAGUUACUGUGGGGGCUCCACCUCGCGAUUUACGAUGCCAUGGAGGAGCUCAAAACCAGAGACCCAUUUGCGUGGCAAGCUUCCUCGAGCAAGAUGAGCAUCGAUGAGUUUCGCAUGCUGAUGUGGAACCACGGUCUAGCUUGA